AUGUUAAUCAAAUAUUUGUUGUCUUUUUUUCGUAAAAAUUCUCUUCCAAUAGUCGUACUUGAUGAAGAUAAACGUUUAGCUAAACGUCGUCUAAUCGAAGCAAAUCGAGCACGUAAAAGAGCUGAAGCUAUAGAAGCCUCCACUGCUGUAUGUGUUACAGAUCCAUCAAUUAAUAUACCUAAUUUUACAAACCUAAUUCAUACACCUGUUAUUAUGUCAACGAUUCCUUAUCAUUCUACAAUCCAUACUAAUACUCAUUUUACCAAUCAAUUUGCACUCAGUUCAACAACUGGAAGUCAGUUUAACUGUAAUCCUAUUCAAACACGUUAUUUGGAGGUAACCAACAAUGAUAGCCACUCAUUUGUCAAUCCAAAAACUCCAGAUGCAACAUAUUCACCUGCAAAUGAAGCACAAUUAAUUGUACAACCUAUUCAAACAAUCGAUAAAUUACAACUAACUAAUAUGCCCAACAACGUAUACUGGAAUCCUAUAUGCGGAGCUCCGUAUACACACUGUUUCAUGAAUGAUACUAGUAAUCAUGAUAAUAAUAAUUCUAAAAUCCCACUUUCAUUUAAAGAAUCUGUCAAUGGAAUUCAGUUGUCUAGUGUAUCAAUGCAAAUUAACAAAACUCCAUUAUAUUCUGGUGAAGAUGGUUACUGCAACUUACCAAGUAAAUAUAGUGAUUUUAAUAGCCAACAAAGUGUGUAUACGAAAGCUGUAGAUAAUAACCGAAUUAAUAAUAUCAAUGUUAAUAAUGUCCAAACAAAUACAGAUUAUGAGCCUCAACAGUAUUCUCCUAUAACACCUGAGAAAUGUCAAACAUUAUCUUGUGAUCAGCCAGCGAUCAAAGAUAAUUUAUCAAUUUCACAUCCUAAGUAUGUUAGUAUGAUGGAUUCAAAUGAUACAGUGCAUAAUGACUGCCCAUGGACAACAGAAGAUCAAAAUAUGGUUGAUUCUAUUGUUCAAGCUUAUAGUAAUAUGUUGAAUCCAAGCUUCAAACGAAAGAUUGACAAUGGAGAUGUUGACAAAGAACCUGAGAAAGCUUUCUAUUCUUCAACAGAUUCAAAAAUCAGUUCACUUAUUGAACCAAUGAUUGCAUCACUUGUUGCAUUCGCCAGAUUAGUUCCUGGAUUUGAAUUGUUAGAUGCCAACGAUCAAACACGUUUGUUACGUGGCUGCUGCUUAGAUAUUAUCACUCUACGCGCUGCGUACUUAUUAAGUCGCAUUGCUGUCUCACUUGGAAUUGUUGAUUCUAAUGGAAAUAACAAGCCACAGUUUACAACAAGUUCAUUAGAUUCGGUCGAUAUUUUUGUGCAGAAUCUUCCUUCACAUCAACACAAUGUUGCGUCUGUUAUUCCAAAUAAUAUUUACCCUCAAUUAGGCACUUCUGAUGUGAAAUGUGCCCAGAUGAUUCGUGCGGUAGCAUUGAAAUUAGCUCGCCUUGAAAUCGACCAAACAGAAGUUGCAUUAAUGACAUCUAUUUUAUUAAUGUCCCCAGAUCGUUUUGGCUUAACCGACUGUGAAACUGUCGAACAUACUCAGGAUAUUUUAUUGGAGACGUUCAAUCGUUAUGCUAAUCGUAUUCGAAAAAUUCGUUCCAAUCGAAUGAAUCAUAAUAACAUGUCAAGUCGUUCAGUUAACAUCAAUGGAAUUUCACAACAACAACAACAGUACUGGCCGAGGAUUCUCAUGGCUUUAACUGAAUUGCGUUCAAUCACGUUGUGCAACCAAGGUUUAUUUGUGGAAAAAGCCUACGGCAAUACAACUGAACAGUUGCCAUGGUAUUUUCAUGAGUUAUUCACCGGAGACUUUAUACUUCAAGAGACUAAUAUUUAUAGUUUUGAGAGUGGCAAUAAUGAUGACAAUAAUAAUAAUUUGUGUUGA